AUGACUGCUUUUUUUACCCUUCGUCUGCCUCUUCGGAGAGCCAAGUCUGCUGACAUUGUCGGUGUCAACGCUCCCCCCCCCCCAAUCACCCGCCCCUACGAGACGAAGACCAAGUCCUAUGAGGGCCUGCACAUCCUCCAGGCGACUGUGCCGAAGGUAGACAAGUUGAUUGCCCUUGAUGACUUCAAUGGCCUCUUCGGGGCAAAUUACGCCGCCUGGAGGGGAGUUCUGGGUUCCCAUGGAAUCAGCGACUGCAACAACAACGAACUUCUUCGCCUGCAAACAUGCACAGAUCACUAUGCUCAGAUCACCAACACCUUUUCCACCUUCCUGUGCGGAAGAAAAGACCUGCGUACACCAACGAUUGCGGCACUGACAGCUUCUGGAAUACGUACUCGUCCGGAGGCCAGAUCGACAGGGCUUUAUGGUAACCAAGGCCAUAUGCGACGGCGACGGCUGGACGGAUGAGGACCCUAGUGUGACACCGCAGGAGACCACGAGGAAAACGACACCAAGGUAAGUUAGAUACGGCUCCGUUGAAUUCGCCUGUUUCCCGUUCAUAUUUCUGCAAUCACUUAGCCAAAAACCUGAAAGAACUGCCGGCCCCAGACGAAAACGCUACCGUGGAGACUCGAUAGUGUCAACUGCGGAAUACUAUUCACACCACUGCCUUAAAAGUAUUGGACUCCUCGCCAAAACCAGGAUUAGUUCGACGACAACGACGCCGAAAAGCACAGACUGCACAGAAGCCUACAUUGACAGUCGAUUCGACCUUCUUCGGAUGUCGCUGCCUCGUGCAAAAAGACUGUGAUGCAGGCCGCAUGGAUGCUUCGCAAGGCCGAGGACCUCCAAGGGCAUGCGGGCCGGAAUUAAACGAAAAGUUUCCCUACAUGAGAUGGGGCGGUCUACGGCCAAAGGAAGGGCACCACCUCUCAGCUCCGACGAAAAAACACUUCUCAUAGAGAAAUCACAAAUUCAGAAGCGUUAAGUCGAGCACUUCAGGAGUGUCCUCAGCUCCCAUUUACAAUCUUCGAUGCCGCCGUCGGCCGAGUCUCUGAGCUAGAAAUGAACGAUGAUCUGGAUCUCCCGCCUUUUCUCCCAGAGACAAUCAGAGCCGUGCGCAAAAGCUCUGACGGGAAAUUGCCGGGAUCCGACGCGAUGCGACAAGGCAAAGGGAACCGACAAUUCUGUGACGGUAUUUGCAAAUACUGUCGGAAGACUGACCAACUCUGUAACAUCUCGCUGAUAAACAUCCUUGGUAAGCCGUUCGUUUACAUCCUCUUCAGCCGUCUUAACGGCCACUCCAUACAGAGACGUCUCCCAGAAUGUCAGUAUGGUUUUCGAUGCCACCGCGAAAUCAUCAACACGAUCUUCAUCGCCUGCCAGCCGUAAGAGACUUGUCAAGAAAUGUGGACCCACCUCUACACUACCCACCUUCGUUUAUCUGACGACAUUUUUUGACACGGCGGAUUGCGAUAUGCUUGAAAAAUUAUGCCGUAAUUCGGCUAUCAUGAACGAUUUACGAAGAUGAUGAGUCAGUCCACGAGGGGAUGAUAGCGCGCGCGGUACGGGCAACGGGACCGUCUUAGACGCAUUUGCAGUAACCAAGGGAGUAAGAUCGGGCCGUGUACUUUCCCCCAACCCUUUUCAGCCGCAUGCUGUCUACCACACUGAUAGACGCCUACGGGGAUGAGCGUCCCGGGAUCCGCAUCGCCUGCAAGACCGGCGGCCAUCUUCUCAAUAGCCGGCACAGGCAGGCUCCAACGCGUCUCUACACAAUUACUGCCCCGCCCCCCGAUCUGCUCUUCUCGGAAGAUCGCGCACACAAUACUGCGACAGAGACAGACAUGAAUCUCUUCACCUCCGGCUGA